AUGGAACGAUUCCGGGAUGCUAUAAACAGAUGCCGGUUCAAAGACCUGGGCUUUGUGGGCCCACGGUUUACCUGGAACAAGAUUUUUGCAAAUGGAGAUAGUUGGUGGAUUCGCCUUGACCGAGCACUGGUUACUCCGGAAUGGUAUUCACUGUUCACAAAUGCGAAGUUACACCAUCUAUCAACAACUGCUUCGGAUCACUGCAUACUUGCUCUUCGGUGGAAACAGGGUGAGAAACGGAGAACUAAGGGUGCAAAACCUUUUAGAUUUGAAGCCAUGUGGCUUCGUGACCCACGGUGUACGGAGGUGGUACGUGAUGCAUGGGAACUCGGUCUGUGUGUACCUACAGGCCAUCCACUCCAGAAUUGUGUUUCGUCAUGCAAUGAACACCUCACCCAAUGGAAUAAAAGAGAGUUCGGUCAUGUUGGCCACCAGAUCAAGAAUCUCCGGAAUAAACUCCAGGCGUUGGAAACCUCCCCUGAACUCAACAUGGACACUAUUAAACAGGGACUUGAGGAUGAGAAUGGUAACUGGCAGGAAGGUUUGGAUGGGAUUGAACAUGUAGCUACACAGUAUUUCUCCACUCUGUUCACUUCCUCUCAGCCAGGAGAGAUGACGGAGCUCUUACAUGCCAUUUCUCCUUCAGUGACUGAUGCUAUGAACCAACUCCUUGCUAGAGAUUUCCAAGCUUCAGAAGUUGCCCAAGCUUUACAGCAAAUGCACCCUCAUACUGCCCCAGGACAGGAUGGAUUGCCACCUCUUUUUUAUCAAAAAUUUUGGUCCCUCACCGGCUCCUGUGUCACUCAAGCUGCACUGGACUUCCUGAAUCAUGGUAUUGUUCCUCCUCACUUUAAUGACACCCAGAUUGUUCUUAUUCCUAAGGUCCAAAAUCCUAGGAAAAUUACUGAAUAUAGGCCUAUUAGUUUAUGUAAUGUGGCCUACAAAAUAGCAUCUAAGGCAGUUGCUAAUAGAUUGAAAAAUGUUCUAUCUAUCAUUGUUAGUGAAAACCAAAGUGCAUUUACCAAGGGGCGAUUUAUAACUGAUAAUGUCUUGGUUGCUUUUGAAACCAUGCAUCAUAUUAGCCAAAAGAAGACUGGGAAAGUGGGGGAGAUGGCUCUAAAACUAGACAUGAGCAAAUCCUAUGAUAGGGUAGAAUGGACCUGCUUGGAGAAUAUCAUGAGGAAAAUGGGUGUUCAUCAAAAAAUGAUUGAGGUGAUUAUGAGAUGUAUCACGACUACCACUUUUUCUAUCCGUAUUAAUGGGCAAUCCCGAGGCAGAAUUGUGCCCUCUAGGGGCCUCCGCCAAGGGGACCCAUUAUCACCUUAUUUAUUUCUCUUUUGUGCAGAGGGUCUCUCAGCUCUUCUCCGUCAUGCAGCAGAAAGGCAAGCUAUCCAUGGAGUUUCCGUAUGUCGGAAGGCUCCAAGAAUUUCCCAUUUAUUCUUCGCGGAUGAUAGCUUGGUUUUUUGUCGAGCAUCUUUGGAGGAGUGUGAUGAGCUUCAGCGUAUCUUUACCCUAUAUGAAACGGUUUCCGGUCAACAGCUUAAUAAAGCCAAGACUGCUCUGUUUUUCAGUCAGAAUACCCCACGUGCAAUACAAGAGGAGAUCAAGACUAGAUUUGGCGCCCAAAUCAUUCGCCAACAUGAAAAAUACCUGGGCCUACCCUCUUUGGUUGGAAGAUCCAAAAAGAAUACGUUCCAUGAUCUUGGCAAAAAAUUAUCAGGGUGGAAGGAAAAGCUCUUAUCGAAUGCAGGUAAGGAGAUACUAAUAAAAGCAGUAGGCCAAGCAAUUCCCUCUUACACGAUGAGUUGCUUUAAACUCCCGGACUCCUUGUGUGAUGAGCUUGCUGGCAUGGUUCGCAAAUUCUGGUGGGGACAAAACAAUGGGGCGGACAAAAUGGCUUGGCUUAGUUGGGAGAAGAUGUGCACACCGAAGGAGGCGGGUGGUAUGGGUUUUAGAGACCUCAAGGCUUUUAACCUAGCAUUACUUGCCAAACAAGGGUGGUGGCUUCAAACAUGCACCGGGUCCUUAUUUUACAGAGUCUUCCAAGCCAAAUACUUUCCAGAUAGAGAUUUUCUCUCAGCCACCUUGGGCACUAAACCGUCGUAUGCCUGGAGAAGCAUUUUCGCUGCACAGCAGAUUGUUUGGAAAGUGGCAACGUUGAUUGAUGGCCAGAGAGGAGAAUGGGAUGUUGAUGCUCUCCAAAGCACUCUCAUGCCCAAGGACGUUGAGUCUGUCCUCACCAUCGCACUCAGUCCGACUUUACCUGAGGACUGUCUUAUCUGGGCUCUCACUUCAUCGGGGAAAUUCACGGUAAAGUCGGCAUAUAGGCUUGCAUUGGAGGAGAGAACUGACCAUGGAGUUCAAGAAAGCUCAAAUGCUACAUGCAUGAAGAAGUUCUGGAGCUUUAUUUGGCGACUGAGGGUCCCUAAUAAAAUUCGAAGUUUCACGUGGCGUGCAUGCAGAAAUAUUCUGCCCACGAAAGCCAAUCUUUUCCGUCGAAAGAUAACACCGGAUAGCAUCUGUGAGGUAUGUGGCAAUUUUGAGGAGACAACAAGUCACGUGCUCUGGCACUGUCACCGUGCGAAGGAAGUGUGGAAGGAGGUGGGUUUGGACACAGACAAGGUCAUGGACAAAUGUCCCGAGUUCAUAGACUUGGUGUGGUAUGCCCGAAACGUGAAACAGUGGACGGAGGAAGAUAUUGGAUUGAUGGUCAUGACGGCGUGGGGUAUUUGGACAAACCGGAAUGAGGUACGUCACGGAAAGAAUAGGAAGCCAGCAGCUGUUCUUGCUAAGUGGACAAAAAGCUAUUUGGAGGAUUAUUUAAUGGCUAAUCAUUCCACUAGGCCCUACAAGGAGUCAACGGAAGUAACAUGGCAACUUCCCAAACCUCCAUGGUUCAAAGCCAACAUGGAUGGUGCGGUAUUUUCCCAGCAAAAGGAGGCCGGUGUGGGGGUUGUGAUACGGGACCACUUCGGUGCGGUGGUGGCGGCAGUAAGCAGGAAGCUGAAAGCUCCUCUGGGCGCUCUUGAAGUGGAAGCUAAAGCAAUGGAGGAAGCCGUUAAUUUCGCAUGGGAUAUGGGGAUUCGAGAAUGCAUCUUCGAGAGUGAUUCUCUAACAGUGGUAAAUGCUAUGCUUCGCCUCACAGACCCACCCUCGACCAUAGCUAAUAAUAUAGCAGGGUCGUUGUCCUAG